AUGAACAGACUCGAAUCAUGCUCAAUUUUAAACGUUGCCUUAAACAGAAUUCAGAUUGAAGGAGAAAUAUCAUCGGAGAUAUAUGCAUUGCUUGUGACAUUGUUCCCUACUGUAAUAGCCCCUACAUUAGAAAUUCUAGAUAAUGGAAAGGUUACUAAGAUUUAAUGUCAGGAAUCAAAGAGACACUUUUAUAGAGUGAGAGAUUCAUCUCAUGUGCAGGCCUAGAAGAACAGAACAGCAGGGUAUGUGUCUCAAUUUAAUGGGGCCAAUGACAGUGAGUGUGCCGAUAUGAAUCAUGAUGUAAUAAAGGAAAUGUGCUUCUGCUACUUUUUCGCAAAGGAAUGUAUGAGUGAGAAUGGCGGUGCCAUAUUUUGCAAGCAUAUACUAGCAAGUAAAUUGGCUGAAGCCCUUGGAAUUGCUGUGAUUAAGGAAAUUGAAGAUAAAGAUUAUGCUCCCCUAUUACUAGGGUCUAAAGCUCACAUGAAUAAGUUCGAAGAUAAAAGGGGGGCUGCAGCUUAAUGA